CUCGGAGGAGGCGCAAGAGCAAGGUGCCAUAAACCUUUCUAUUGCAGCCGUUUCUCCCAUUCACUCCUUUUCUCAGCUCGCCGUAACGCGAUGAAUCGCGGAACCUUGUACGAGUCUGACGACGACGACGACGAAGAAGAAGACGACGACAUCGGCGAAGAUCUCGAAGACUUAAGACGCGCCUGUAUUAUCCCCGAGUCCAAUUCCGAUGAUGUUAUUCCGAAACCCGGUUAUGUCGAACCGGACGGAGGCGUCGGAGGCGGAGGGGGAGAGAUGCCGUCGGAUUCGGAGAACGAAGAAGACGACUUCGAGAUGCUUCGGAGCCUCAAGAGCCAAUUAGCUCCGUCGACGGAUCCUCCUCCCUUGGGUUUGUCAUCAGUUCCUUCAGAUUCGGAGAGUGAGGACGACUUCGAGUUGCUUCGGAGCCUCAAGAGCCAGCUGGCAUUGUCGAUGGAUGCGCGCUUUCCUCCCUUGAGUCUCUCCGAUGAUGACGACGAAGAUGAUGAUUCUUUCGAAACGCUUCGUGCUAUUCGUAGAAGAUUCUCUGCUUAUGCGAAUCUAGAUAAAGAUGGAGCUUUUAUGAAUGAUUCUCUCGGGAAGAAAAAGCAGGUACAUGCCUCGGACAAUGAACCUUCGAGAGAAAUAUUGAGUAGGUCUAAUUCUUGUAAAAGCUUUCCAGAUCAGGGGGAAAAAGUUGUCACAUUGCCUGAUUCUGAGGGAAUACAAGCUGGUGAUUCUGUUGAUGUACAUGAAAACACACCUCUUGAGCAGACAUCCCAGUCAUCAAGUUUCCCUGAAGCUGCACAAGCCUUUGUUGAGGCUAUCCGGAGGAACAGGGCGUAUCAGAAGUUCCUUCGGAAGAAGCUGACUGAGAUUGAAGCGAAGAUCGAGCAGAACGAGAAGCACCAGAAAAAUGUUAAGAUAGUUGUAGACUUUCAAGCUUCUUGCAAGAGGAUAACUAAACAGGCGCUUUCUCAGGGGAAAGAUCCUCGUCUCCAAUUAAUCUCGACGCCAAAAUGUGGGCCUCGUGAUAGCUCAGAGGAUAACGAUAAAAAGAUAUCUCCUUUGACGUUUGGUCCACCGGAAAACCCUUGUGUUGCAAAUUAUAGGAUGGUACUAAAGACGCAUCCAAUUUCAGUGAAUCGAAGAAGUUGGUCUACAGAGGAGAACGAAAAUCUUGCAAAAGGUAUAAAACAACAAGUUCAGGAAACACUGCUUAUUGAAGCUAUAGAACGUUCCAGUGAAUUGGAAGGAUCUUCAGAUGAUAUAGAGACCAUUAAUGAAUCGAUCAAAAAUCUUGAGAUCACACCAGAGAUGAUGAGGCAGUUUCUUCCGAAAGUUAAUUGGGAUCAGUUGGCCUCGAUGUACUUCAAGGACCGUUCUGCUGCAGAAUGUGAAGCUCGGUGGAUGAGCACCGAAGAUCCAUUAAUAAACCACGGUCCGUGGACUGCGGAGGAGGAAAAUAACCUGCGCUUAAUCAUCCAAGAAAAGGGUUUUACAGACUGGCUUGACAUUGCGGUGUCACUAGGGACAAAUAGGACCCCGUUUCAAUGUUUGGCUCGAUAUCAGAGAAGCUUGAAUGCAGACAUAUUAAGAAAAGAAUGGACUCCAGAGGAAGAUGACCAACUCCGCGCAGCUGUGGAAUUGUACGGCGAAAAAGACUGGCAGACCGUUGCAAACGCAUUAGAAGGACGAGCUGGAACUCAGUGCUCUAACAGAUGGAAAAAGACGCUUCACCCUACCAGAACGAGGGUAGGGAAAUUCAGCUCAGAGGAGGAAAAACGUUUGACCGUAGCUGUGACACUCUUUGGAGCUCAAAACUGGCAUAAGAUUGCACGCUUUGUUCCCGGACGGACCUCGACUCAGUGUCGAGAGAAAUGGGCGAACUGUUUAGAUCCAAAUGUAAAUCAUGGAAAGUGGACAAAGGAAGAAGAUGCAAAGUUGAGAGAAGCAAUGGCAGAACACGAGAUUGGUAACUGGUCCAAAAUCGCUUCACAUGUGCCUCGUCGUACUGAUAACCAAUGCCGGAGGAGGUGGAUGCAGUUAUAUCCUCACCAAGUGCCUCUUUUACAAGAAGCUACAAGGUUACGCAAAGAAGCUAUCGUAGGUAACUUUGUUGAUCGGGAAUCACAACGUCCUGCUCUUCUCGAAUGCAAGUUUCUUGCACUACCCGAGAUACCUCUUGAGCCAGAACCUGAAACUGUAGGCCUGAAGAAGAAGAAACGCAAAGCAAGACCGAAGAAAUCAGAUGGGGAAUGCGAGAGCGAAGCAACUAGUGCUGCUAAAGAGAGGCGGCCAAAGAGGAGGAAAGGAUUAGAGAGAUGCUCAGGAGAUGCAUGUAGACAAGAGGAUGAGACUUUCUGUGAAAAUAUCGAGAAUCUAGACAAUGGAGGAGAGGUUAGGUCUUUGGAAUGGUGUAAAGAGAAUCAAGACAAUGUAAAGGAGAAGAAACAAAGACGAAGACGCAAAAGUGUUGUAGAAACAUCCAACAACAGCACAGUGACCACCGACUGCUCUCAAGUCGAAGUUGGUGUCAAAAAGCUUACGCCUAGAAGAAGGAAAGUGUCUACAGUAGUUCCUAUCGAGAACCAAGAUGCACCAAACUAGUUUUGUUUUUGUUGCUCUUGAAAAUUUUGUCUGUAUAAUAAAUACGUCUAAUUGAUUAUAGAAACACAAUAGUUUCGUGA